UUUCAAAUGAAUGGUUCAAGAGAAUGGACUUAACAGAAGAUCUACUCAAUGGCAAACAGUUCUUGAAUGUGAAAUUCAGAAUUUCCCCAUGAUGGAUGAGGAUCAGUUGCGGAAUUUGACUUGUGGCACCUAUCAAUUGAAGCUCUCUCGUAGCUACAUUCAAGAACACAUUGAGGGAGGAUGUGAUAUUUUCUUCCAUAAAGAAAAUGAUAGGCUCCUAAAGGUAAAAAUUCAGAGUCGGCACACAUCAUCAAAGCAGUAUUUAGUUUGGAUUGAGUAUUCUGAUUACUCUGUAGAAGCAUGGUACUGUACCUGCAGAGCGGGUGCCAGAGUUGUAGGCAAGUGCUCUCACAUAGCAGCCAUCAUUUGGUACCUGGCAAAAGGAAGACAUGAACAAAGGACAUAUGGUGUGCGUGACUGGAGUGAGCAUGUCCUUGAUGCAGCUGACAUCCCUCCUGCUUUGGACGAUCGAGUCUGACAGUGAUGACAGUAGCUGUGAAAGUGUUCCCGAGGAGUGAACAGUUAGUUAAUGUUCAUUGUAUUUUAUAUAUUGUUAUUUUAUAUAUAUGUUGUAUAUAUGUUUUUAGAAAAAUUGUCUUAUUUUUUUCAAUUUAUUUGUUUAAUCUCAUGUGUGAGUUUUAAGUCGGAUGCAGAAAUUUGGCCGCUCCGCAUGUAGAGUGUUGUUUUUUCAAUAUACCUGUUUAUAUUCUCAUGUGUGAGUUUUAAGUCGGAUGCGGAAAUUUGGCCGCUCCACAUGUAGAGUGUUAUUUUUCAAUUUACCUGUUUAUAAUCUCAUGUGCGAGUUUUAAGUCGGAUGCGGAAAU